AACGUGGGUUAUUUAGAUUCAUUUGACUUUUUAUUCGGUUCUUUGAAACAAACUGUUUAAAAGAGUCGACUCGAAAAACGAGUCGGACUUUCGAUCAUCAUUAUAUGCUAAAGGAAGGCGGAAUGAAGCAGAUGUUAGCGAAUGGAGAGUAAACUUCAAACUGUCAGAAAUGGAUUGUCAGGAAAAGCUGGAGGUGCCCGUGUACACCGAUGUGGACAGAGAGACUUUCUUGAGGGACAUAUAUCCGCUGCGUAGACCAGCGGUUCUGAAGCGCGUGCCCCUGGGGCCCAGUGUGCGCGCGUGGACGGUGAGUUAUCUCGCGCAGAAGGGGGGAGACCGCGAGGUCAAAGUGCACGUGUCCCCAGAGCCCAGGAUGGACUUUCUGCACAAGAACUUUGUGUACAGGACUCUGCCAUUUGACAAGUUCAUUCAGAGAGCUGCAGAGGCAAAGCACUCAGAUUUCUUCAUUAGUGAGGAUGAAAGCUACUACUUGCGCUCACUUGGAGAAGAUGUUCGUAAGGAACCAGCUGAUUUAAGGAAGCAGUUCCCUGAGUUGGCAGAGGAUUUCGAUAUACCCCAGUUCUUUGAGCCAGAGCAGUUUUUCUCCAGUGUCUUUCGCAUCAGUUCUCCUGGUCUGCAGCUGUGGACACACUACGAUGUAAUGGACAACCUUCUGGCUCAAGUUACAGGAAGGAAACGUGUUGUUCUGUACAGCCCCAAAGAUGCCCUUUAUCUCUACCUCACAGGAGACAAGUCUGAAGUUUUGGACAUUGACACAACUGAUCUGCAGCGUUAUCCUGAGUUUGUGAAAGCAAGUCGCUAUGAGUGUAUUCUGGAACCAGGAGACCUGCUCUUCAUUCCAGCACUUUGGUUUCACAAUACCCUGGCUCUCCAGUUUGGAGUUGGUGUCAAUGUGUUCUGGAGACAUCUGCCACCUGAGAGUUAUGAUAAGAAAGAUCCAUAUGGAAACAAAGACCCAGUAGCAGCCUCUCGAGCCCUGCAGUCACUAGAGAGGACUUUAGGCAUCUUAGAAGAACUGCCACCUGAUUAUCAGGAUUUCUAUGCUCGUUGCAUGGUGCUGCGGAUUCAAAACCGGGCCUACCUUAGGCAAACUACGGAGGCAUCACAGGGAAAUUUACACACAACAUAGUUCUCUCACUGUUUACACUGAAAUGCAGCUAUAGAGUUUGAGAAUGACAAUAAAGACAUUUUAGUUUCUUUCCAAAAAA